AUGAUGAAGAGCAAUUCCUGUGAUGCCGACAAUGUUCUCUACAAUGUGUGUAUGGAUUUCUUUGGCAAGGUGGACAUGGCUUGGAAGUUCUUUCACAAGAUGCAAUCCCACAGCCUCACACCUGGUGACACGACAUAUACUAGCAUGAUCAGAGGACUCUGCAAAGGUGAUGGACUGGACGAAGCUGUUGAGUUGUUUGGGCAUAUGGACCGGGAUAGGACUGUUCCCUGUGCAUAUGCUUAUAACACAAUGAUCAUGGCUUAUGGAUCUUCUGUAAAGUUUGAUGAAGCCUAUAAUUUGCUAGAUAGGCAAAGAUCAAAGGGGCCCAUAAUGAGUGUCAUAGCAUACAGUAGUAUUCUUACUUGCGUUGGGAAGAAAGGGAAGGUAGACGAGGCGUUUGAGGAGAUGAAAGACAAUGCUAUGCCUAACCUUUCUAACUAUAAUAUUCUCAUAGACAUGCUCUUCAAGGUGGGAAAACUUGAUGCUGCUUUUAAAAUCCAGAAUGCCAUGAAGGUAGCUAGCUUAGUUCCGAAUGUAACGACUGUCAACAUCACGAUUGACCGGUUGUGUAAGGCUAACAAACCUGACGAAGCAUGUUCUAUUUUUGAAGAUGCAAUUGUCUAUAAAGAACUUUUUCAAUACAGGCAGAAAGGAUGA